AUGUGGGAGCGGAAAAAGGCACAACAAGAGGCUAUGGCACGAGGCGAAGUGCCAAGUGUACUACCAACCAAGCGCUCAUCCACGGCUCGCACACAAGCGAACCAGCUGCCAGACGAGUAUGUGCCGCCGAACCGGAUUCUCUUUUUGCAGCAAAUGCCCGCAACUGUGACGCACGAAGAGCUGACACGGAUCUUUGGUCACCUGCCCAAUCUAUACCAAGUGCGUACGAUCCCUGGCCGCACCGAUAUUGCGUUCGUCGAGUUUCACGAUAUUCCUUCCAGUGUCGCCGCACGCGAGGCUACGAAUGGCUAUGCAUUCCCCACAGGCGAGCAUCUCAAAGUGUCAUUCGCUCGUGCAUAG